AUGGUCAGGCUCACCGCCGACCUGAUAUGGAAGAGCCCGCACUUCUUCAACGCCAUCAAGGAGCGCGAGCUCGACCUCCGAGGCAACAAGAUCGCCGUCAUCGAGAAUCUCGGAGGCACCGAGGACCAAUUUGACACAAUUGACUUGUCGGACAAUGAGAUUGUCAAGCUUGAAAACUUCCCAUACUUGAAUCGUCUUGGCACUCUACUAGUUAACAAUAACAGAAUCACACGUAUCAGUCCCAAUCUUGGUGAGUUUUUGCCAAAGCUGCAUACGCUGGUGCUCACAAACAAUCGUCUGACAAAUCUUGCGGAGAUUGAUCCGCUGGCAUCUCUUCCAAAGCUACAAUUCCUCAGCUUACUGGAUAAUACUGUAACUAAGCAGCCAGACUACAGGCUAUAUGUUAUCCAUAAAUUGAAGCAUUUGCGUUUACUGGAUUUCAAGAAAGUGAAACAACAGGAGAGAGUUGCGGCAGCGAAAAAGUUUCACUCAAAGGAGGCAGAGGAAGAGGCAAAGAAGGUACCUGCCAAAACAUUUACUCCUUGUCUGCCUGAUGCUCAGGACAUCACAAUGGAGCCACAAGGUCCUAAAGUAGUCGCUCCAACUCCUGAACAAAUCAUGGCUAUCAAGGCUGCUAUUGCGAAUGCUCACACUCUUGAGGAAGCUGCAAGGCUAGAGCAGGUAUUAAGCACUGGUCAAGUUCCUGCUGAAUUUGCAGUGCCUAAGCCUGAUGCAAACAUGGCUGAAGCUUCAGAGGGAGCUGAGAAGAUGGAUACAGAUGGUCAGAACCAGGAGGGUGAGGCUGAUGGGCAGAAACAAGAUAACGAAAGCACUCCAAUUCAGGAGGAUUGA